CACGGGGACCACUUCCAGCCAACCUUUGGUAGUAGCACUACGCAACACAUACCGAUCCACAAUGUCCGGAGUGAAUGUAACACGCAACGAAGUGAUACAGAUUGCGCUGCGUAUCUCGCUGCUAUCAAUCGUCACGUACUAUUCAGCGAAAUGGUUGAUCCGCAAUCUGGACCCUUCCAACAAGAGCAAAAAGAAAGCCAUCGAACAUGCGGAGGAAAUUUUACGGAAGUUGAGUCCGACGAUGAAAAAAUCAGCUCUACAUAACUUGAACGAGUAUGAAAUGGUCAUUGCAUCGCAUCUGGUAGUACCCGAAAACAUUACCGAAAGCUGGGACAGCAUUGCCGGGCUGGACGAUGUGUGUCAGGAAAUUAAGGAAAGCCUCGUGUUUCCGGUGUGUCACCGUGACAUGUUUGCUGGAUCGGCCCUCUAUCAGCCUCCGAAAGGCGUGCUUCUUUACGGACCACCUGGUUGCGGUAAAACACUGAUCGCCAAGGCAACGGCCAAGGAAGCCGGUAUGCGCUUCAUCAAUCUCGACGUUGCCAUGCUAACGGACAAGUGGUACGGUGAAUCGCAAAAGCUUGCUUCGGCCGUAUUUACGCUGGCCGUUAAAAUUCAACCAUGCAUCAUUUUCAUCGACGAGAUCGAUUCGUUUCUGCGUGCACGGAACUCGUCCGAUCACGAGGCGACAGCCAUGAUGAAAACACAGUUCAUGAUGCUCUGGGACGGACUGAACACCGAAUCCGACUCGAGCAUCAUCGUGAUGGGAGCUACCAACCGGCCGCAGGAUCUCGACAAAGCCAUCCUACGCCGAAUGCCGGCCCAGUUUCACAUUGGUCUACCGAAUGAGGAACAGCGGCAGAAAAUACUGCAACUAAUCUUGCAGCACGAAAAGGUUGCGCCGGAUGUGGACUAUGCGCAGCUGGCACGUAUGACCACGUGCUAUUCCGGUUCGGAUUUGAAAGAGAUCUGUCGCAAUGCUUCAGUGCAUCGCGUGAGGAAGGUGAUGAAAAACAAGGAAAUUAUGAGUGCUGUACGUGCGGCAGCAAACAAGACACAGGAGAACAGGCUCGCCGGUGGUGGUAGUUCGCUGCCAAACGGAUGUAAUGGGGUGACACAGAACGGUAGCUUAGAGCUCGGAACGCCUUCUAUUACGAUGGAGGAUCUGGUGGAGUCAUUGCGUAGUAUGAAGCAGUCAAAGUAUACGACCGGAGUGUUGAACGAUGCUAGAAUUGAUUUGGAUUAAGCUGUGACUUUAGCGCGG